UACCUUUACUCCGCCCGUUCCUCUCGCCGUGUUCCCGCGCCGUUCCGGUCUUCAGGGCGGACUGUGAGAGGAGAGGAGUUCGUCACGCUGCCCCGCCUGCAUCCUGGCUGCCCCGCCUACAUCCUGACAGCCAAUGUUCAACGCUCCGCGGGCCGGAAUAAAAGGUCCGCCGGGCCGCUGCAGAGUCCUGACUUUUGAGGCGGCCGCCCGAGAGGAGGGAGGGGAGCGGGCGCCCGGCACACAGAAGAGCCGCAUCAAAGAUGAAAAAGAGCCGCGGGUUGCCGACACCCGGACUGGGUAAUGUUUCAGGAAUGUAAGA